CAGUUUCUCUAGCAACAGUGAAACUUAAUUCCGCAAUUAGGGUUUCUGCUUCACACACUGCGCGCUCGACUUUGAUCGAGGGUGAGACUCGUAGUUGCGUUUGGGGGGUCUGAGAUUGACAAAACAGAGCUGCGUGCGUGAGAAGGAAUCAUGAACCCGUUGACGCAAGUGAAGAACACGCAGAAGAUCACCGCGAGGGAGCAAGCAAUUGGCAUAAGCGACGAGGGAUCCUGGCAUGCCAAGUACAAGGAUUCUGCGUACAUCUACGUGGGUGGGCUCUCUUUUGGUCUCACCGAGGGUGAUGUUCUCGCGGUCUUUGCCCAGUAUGGGGAGGUUGUGGAUGUGAACCUUGUGAGGGACAAAGCGACUGGAAAGUCAAAAGGCUUUGCAUUCUUAGCGUAUGAAGAUCAGCGGAGCACUGUGCUGGCAGUGGAUAACUUGAAUGGAGCUCGAGUGGAUUCUCGCAUCAUUAAAGUGGAUCAUGUGAGUGACUAUAAGAGGAAGCUAGAAGAAGACGAGGAGGAGAAACAGCGGAAGCGAGAGGAACGAGGAGUGUGCUAUGCUUUUCAGCGCGGGGAAUGCAAACGCGGAGAUGAUUGCAAGUUUUCACACGAUGAGCAGAGGAAUUCGAACACUGGUUGGGGAGAAGGUGGCAGUCGGAAAGAUGGCGGCAGUUGGAAACAUGAUCAGUUUGACGGGUCUAUGAAAGAAGCAGGGAGGAGGAUACAAAUGCUUUCAACAAAACGGAACGAUGAUGGCAUGAAUGAAAGAGAGGAUAAGCCUCGAGGCGUAUGUUAUGCUUUUCAACGUGGGGAAUGCAACCGUGGGGAUGGUUGUAAAUUCGCACAUGACGAACAGAGAAAUGGCAAUACUGGUCGAGGAGGUUCAGGUGCAGGCUCGAAACAUGAUCAAUUUGAUGGGUCAAUGAAAGAAGCUAUCAGGAGAUCGAACUUAGCCUCGACUAAGCGUAGUUCUAGUCCAGAAAGGACUGGUCGAGAGAAAGAGAAGUUAAUGAAGCCUCCAGAUGACAGGAGAGGAAGAGAUGGCGCGCACAGAAGUAAAGAUUCUGAUCGAGGGGAGCAAAGAAGAGAUGAUGGAUCCAGAAGAAGAGACAACGAUCGAGAGGAUCGAGGUCGAGACCAAGAUCCGAAAGAAUUGGAUAGAAGAGGCAGAAGGGAUGAUGCCGACAGGGAUGGAAGGGAUCGUAGGGAUGAUAGAAGGAAUGCUCUCAGAGACUGGGAUGAUGAGAGUAGGGAUAGAAGCAGGGACGUCAAAAAGGAUAGGGAAAGAAUUGAUCGAGGAGACGACGGGAGAGAUGAACGCGCUGUAAGAUUACGGAGAUAACAAUGAUUUCAAGAGACUGCUCAACCUGUAUAGUGGCGAUUUUGUGAAUUUUGAAGUGUCAGGCGCUGUUAGAGCUUCCAUGCGAGUGUCCUCUGUGUUGCUGCUUAUUUUUGUGAGGUAGGAGUUUGAACUUUAUCUCCCGCAAGUCUUAUUUGAAAAGGUAAUCCUUGUACCCUGGUUAGAACUGUAAGAACUUAAAGUUUUUGGUUGUUUUGAUUCUAUUUGGAUAAUGCAUUUCUUCUUCUUUUGAAUUUUUA